AUGGAGAAAAAACAAAACGAGAGUUUCAGCCAGUACGCCCAACGAUGGAGGGAGGUGGCAACGCAGGUCCAACCACCCCUUUUGGAAAAAGAGGUCACUAUGCUUUUUAUCAAUACUUUGAAGGCCCCGUUCAUCAACCACAUAUUGGGGAGUGCCACCAAGAGCUUCUCAGAUAUGGUAAUGUCUGGUGAAAUGAUUGAAAAUGCAAUAAGAAGCGGUAAAAUAGACGCAGGGGAAAGCUCUAAAAGACCAGCUCCAAGGAAAAAGGAAAGCGAGGUGAACAACAUAAGCACAUAUAGCAAGAGUUAUUCAAAACCAAUCACUGUUGGCCCUCCAAGAAAGACAGCCACUAGUCAUCAGGGCCCCACAAGGCAAGAGCCCAACACAAGGCCUAACGCAGACAGACUUCAAUUCACGCCCAUUUCAAUAACAUAUAGGGAAUUGUAUCAGAAUUUAUUCGAUGCACACGUGGUAUCUCCAGUUUAUCUAAAACCCAUACAACCUCCAUACCCCAAAUGGUACGACGUGAAUGCCCAAUGUGAGUACCAUGAAGGAAUAAUAGGGCAUUCGAUUGAGAACUGCACUGCGUUUAAAAAGGCAAUGGAAAGAUUCAUUACGAUAGGGAUUGCAAAGUUUGGCAACCCAUCAGAACCAAACAUGGCAGGGAAUCCGUUACCCAAUCAUUCUGAUAAAGGGGUAAAUGCGAUAAUUGAUAGUAGGGGAAGAAGAAUCAAAGCUGACAUUGCGGAGGUAAAAACCCCACUGAGAUGGGUUUGGAGAAGAAUGAUAGAUGGAGGUCUCAUCAAGCAAGAUCGAACAGAAAGGCCUGAAGGAUCGAGAAAGUAUUGCGAGUUCCAUACUGAAGAGGGCCAUGAUAUCCAAAAAUGCACAGAGUUCAUAACCAUGGUGCAAAAUUUAAUGGACAACAAAGAGUUGGAAUUUUAUGAGGAAAUUAAAGGAUUAGAGGAGGGAGAAGUUUAUGCCUCGGAGGAAGGAUCUACGGGAAAGGCCCAAAGGCUUAAUCACCCGGUGGUGAUUAUUUCGAGGCCAAGGAGCAUAGAAGCUGGAGUGCAAAUGGCACCGAGGGUCAUAAUCCAAAAACCAGUAUCCUUUCCUUACAAGGAUAGCAAAAGGGUUCCUUGGAAUUAUGACUGCAAUGUGAUAAUCCCGGGAGAGGAGAACCCGGUAAACGCUUCAGAGGAGGGUAAUGAUGUAGGCUUCUACACGCGUAGUGGAAAACGCUACGAUCCAGCAAAUACAAGAGUAGAGCCCAUAAAUGGAAAGGCCUUAGCAGUUGAGCGAGGGGAAGCAAAGACGGAUAGAAUUGAAUCUCAUUUAACAAAUCAGUGA